CCUUGGUUACCUUGAAAUUGUGGAUUAAAUGAAAAUGAAAGAUAUGUUCCCUGCAGAAAACAUAUAUAACCUUAUCCCUAGAGAAGAGGUGAAACCAUCUAAACCACCCAGAUAUACGUCAACAUUCAGAGAAUCAGUGAAGGCUGAGGAACAAAAGAAUAAGGCUGCCUGGAAAACCUUAGGACCAGCAAAAGUAGAAGUUCCGUCACCAAAGGAUUUCCUGCAUAAACAUACAAAUGAAUUCAAACUUGCACAAAAAAGUGCUGCCAUUGACCCCACAGAAAAACCUCCCAGGUGCCUGGAUGAAGAACGAAGGCGUCCUCCGGUUCCACGCAGAACAGAGCAGCCAAUCAUGGGAGUGCAAACCAAUAAAAGUUUCAUAAAGACCAAUGUAGCUGAUGCCGUCAUGGCUGUACCCAAGAAGCCACAGCCUAUAAUUGUGGACAGUAAAAAAGGGGAUAAACAACUACUUGAGACUUCCGGUCUUGUUCCUAAAUACAUUAAAAAAAAGGAUUAUGGUGCCCCUCCUGAAUAUUUAGUUAAGCGAAACGAGGAGAUAAAAAUGGCCCAAGAAGAGUAUGAUGCGUAUGUGAAAGAGCGAAUUAAGAUGGGCGCAAUGAAACAGCUGGCUGAGGAGGAAAGGCAGAGCGCUUUGGAGGGGCUGAAGAAAAACUGGGAUGAAUUACACCAUGAAUACCAAGCGCUUUCAGUAGUGAUUGAUACACUUCCAAAAAAAGCACAUAAAGAAAGAUUAGAGGAGGAAAUGAGACAGUUGGAGCGAGAUAUUGACCUGAUUGAAAGACACAAAAUGAUCUACAUUGCAAAUAAAUAGAUGUCACUACAACAUGACCACCUGCUAUAUAACAUACUUGUCAGUUAAAAAUAAAUGUUUCAUAUAGAAUUUGUGUAUUUUGGAUACUUAUUUGCUGUAUAUUGUUUUAUUUUGUCAACGUGUUAUUUAUACAGAUGGAAUCAGUAUCUUCAGAUAAAACAAUACUAAAUGGACACAAAUUUAUUUAAAGGCAAUUUUACUGAUCCAAUUUCAAGUGAAAAAUAAAUGAAACCUUUUACUACUAAACCA